ACUUGCUGCUUUCAAACAGCUGCAUCCCAUUCCUGGGCUCAGCCGAGGGGCUUGAUUUUCAAACCCUGCUGCUAGAUGAGGAGAGGGGCCGGCUGCUGAUCGGGGCUAAAGACCACAUCUUCCUGCUCAACUUGGUUGAUUUAAACAAAAAUGUAAAGAAGAUUUACUGGCCUGCAGCAAAAGAAAAGGUAGAAUUAUGCAAAUUAGCUGGGAAAGAUGCCCAUACAGAAUGUGCCAAUUUUAUCAGGGUUCUUCAGCCCUACAACCGAACCCAUGUUUAUGUUUGUGGCACAGGAGCAUUUCACCCUCUCUGUGGAUACAUUGAACUUGGAACUCACAAAGAGGAAGCGGUAUUCUGGCUGGAUACUCAGAACUUGGAGUCUGGCAGGUUGAAAUGCCCCUUCGAUCCUCAGCAGCCGUUUGCUUCAGUGAUGGCAGAUGAGUAUCUUUAUGCUGGAACAGCUUCUGAUUUCCUUGGCAAAGACACUGCUCUAACGCGUUCUCUGGGCCCUUCUCACGACCACCAUUACAUCAGAACUGACAUUUCUGAACAUUACUGGCUUACUGGAGCAAAAUUCAUUGCAACUUUUCCCAUCCCAGACACCUAUAACCCAGAUGAUGACAAAAUCUACUUCUUUUUCCGAGAAAUAUCACAGGAUAGUGGCACGUCUGACAAGACAAUCCUUUCCCGGGUUGGCAGAGUUUGUAAGAAUGAUAUGGGAGGUCAAAGAAGCCUAAUAAACAAGUGGACUACUUUUCUGAAAGCCAGGCUUGUGUGUUCAAUACCUGGUCCUGAAGGAGCAGACACACACUUUGAUGAGCUGCAAGAUAUUUUCUUACUUUCUACAAGAGAUGAGAGAAAUCCACUUGUAUAUGGAGUUUUCACUACAACAAGCUCUGUCUUCAAGGGCUCUGCAGUUUGUGUGUACAGCAUGGCAGAUAUCAGAGCUGUUUUCAAUGGCCCUUAUGCUCACAAAGAGAGUGUGGAUCAUCGGUGGGUACAAUAUGAAGGCCGCAUCCCAUAUCCCAGACCUGGUACAUGUCCAAGCAAAACCUAUGAUCCGCUCAUAAAGUCUACCAGAGACUUUCCUGAUGAAGUCAUUAGCUUUAUUAAACGCCAUCCACUGAUGUACAAAUCCGUUUACCCAGUGACGGGAGGACCGGUUUUCACUCGAAUCAAUGUGGACUAUCGUCUGACCCAGAUCGUGGUGGAUCAUGUCAUGGCAGAGGAUGGGCAAUAUGAUGUAAUUUUCCUAGGAACAGACAUAGGCACAGUCCUGAAAGUGGUGAGCAUCACAAAGGAGAAGUGGACUAAGGAGGAGGUGGUCCUGGAAGAGCUGCAGAUAUUCAAGCACCCUUCAUUUAUCUCAACCAUGGAGAUUUCUCAGAAGCAGCAACAAUUGUACAUUGGUUCCAGGGAUGGAUUGGUUCAGCUCUCACUGCACAGAUGUCACACGUAUGGAAAGGCUUGUGCAGACUGCUGCCUUGCCAGAGACCCAUACUGUGCCUGGGAUGGAAACUCAUGUUCCAGAUAUGCCCCCACUUCCAAAAGGUAAGAAAAAA